UGAGCUCGACAUGGUCUUCUUGCUACCCGGCAUGGUCUUCGCGGGGCCUUGACUCAGGGGGAGGGGUGUCUUGGGCGCACCAGACCAUAGAGGGGCCUGCACUUUUCUCUUACUCGUGCUGUAUCCGAGGCCUGCUUUGCAGGUCCUCCCCCCCCCCCCCCGGGCCUGGCGGGGAGCUUGAGGGCUUUCGCAGUGAGCCUCUGUAGUCCUUCCGUCCGCCCAAAGUAGCACCUCGGGCUGCCCCUCUUUGGCAUUCGUAGCUCUUCCACCCCGUAAGCCUCAAAGCCCUAGUAGGGCAGCGCCUUGUCCUUAGAAUUCGAGUAAGCAAAAAAGGAAGAUGCUUUGGUGCUGACGGCACUUAGUCCGGUUAAGUUGGUGUCACCAUCAGGUCAAGGAAAGCUUCCUGGGAUGUCGAGGAGAUUGGAAUUGUUCCAGACAUGGUUGCUGUGGUGUUGCUCUGGGAAAACACCUUGAUGGAUGAUUAGUACCAUUCAGUGAUGGGCUGUGGGACUAGCAAAGUACUUCCUGAGCCUCCCAAGGAUGUUCAUUUGGAUCUCGUUAAAAAGGUUGAGCCAUAUACUGGUUAUAAAACUGACAUAUAUAAGCACUUCAUCAAGGGUGAUGGAGAUGCCAUCAAAUCUGCUAUCCCUUCUCCUCCUCAUCACACUAACCCACAUGUGGAACAGGCAGAGCCUCGCAAGAACAGAGUGGCAAAGUACCGUGCAAAAUUUGAUCCCAGAGUGACAGCCAAGUAUGAUAUCAAAGCCCUGAUUGGCCGAGGCAGCUUUAGUCGUGUAGUACGGGUGGAGCACAAGGCUACCAAGCAGCCGUACGCAAUCAAGUUGAUAGAGACCAAGUACCGUGAAGGAAGGGAAGUGUGCGAGUCAGAGCUGUGUGUGUUGCGUCGUGUUCGGCACACCAAUAUAAUCCAGCUCAUUGAAGUGUUUGAGACUCAGGAGCGUGUCUACAUGGUGAUGGAAUUGGCCACUGGAGGGGAGUUGUUUGACCGAAUCAUUGCCAAAGGUUCCUUCACGGAAAGGGAUGCUACCCGAGUGCUGCAAAUGGUGUUGGAUGGAGUUAAAUACUUACAUACAUUGGGCAUAACUCACAGGGACUUAAAGCCAGAGAACUUGCUCUAUUACCACCCAGGCAUGGAUUCUAAAAUAAUGAUCACAGACUUUGGGCUAGCGAGUGCUCGAAAGAAGGGAGACGACUGCUUAAUGAAGACUACCUGUGGGACACCAGAGUAUAUUGCCCCAGAGAUCUUGGUCAGAAAGCCCUACACAAACUCUGUAGACAUGUGGGCACUGGGUGUGAUCUCAUACAUCCUACUAAGUGGGACAAUGCCUUUUGAAGAUGACAACCGCACCCGCUUGUAUCGGCAAAUUCUGAAAGGAAAGUACAGUUACUCAGGGGAGCCAUGGCCCAGCGUGUCCAAUCUUGCUAAGGAUUUCAUUGACCGUCUGCUCACAGUGGAUCCUAGUGACCGGAUGACAGCUCUUCAAGCCUUAAAGCACCCCUGGGUGGUCAGCAUGGCUGCCUCUUCUUCCAUGAAGAACCUGCACCGCUCCAUAUCUCAGAACCUCCUCAAGAGGGCAUCAUCUCGUUGCCAAAGCACCAAGUCAGCCCAGUCCACUCGCUCCAGCCGCUCCACUAAAUCCAAUAAGUCCCGGCGGGUACGGGAGCGGGAACUGCGAGAGCUGAACUUGCGCUACCAGCAGCAGUACAAUGGCUGACAACUCAGCAGGAGUCUGCCUGUCUUGUUCUUUCUUUGUCAUUGGGACAUGUUCUGCACUGUGUUCACUAAGUGAGGGGGCCUCAAGCUCCAGCCCUCUUAUCUCAAAGCCCAACUUCCUAUGUCCAUCUUCCUGCCUUGGGAGAUGGAGUUUUAGGGAUGCUGCUGCCCCUGGGAGCACAUCUCACCUGUGUAGGGUCAGGGGAUAAGAAAAUUCUGCUUCUUGGCCCAGCCCUGGAAAAAAGUCUAGAGUUAUUUGCCUGAAAUACUGGAGCCGCGCAGAAGAGUCCUUCCCUAGCCAUGAAUCUUUGCUACUCCUAUUUAUUGACUCCCAAGUUUUAUCUAGCCAGCCUCUGUUGCUACAGGGUCUGGGAGGGGAUGAUUUAGGCCAGGGUAGCUAACAUGGUACCACCCAAACAUUGUUGUACCGCAGCUCACCAUCCCUGUUGACUGGCCAUGCUGACUGGGGCUUAUGGGAGUUGGAGUCCAGCAAUAACUGAAAGGCACCACAUUGACUAUUGCUGACUUAAGGCUGUUGGUUAAAAUCAGGAUCAUGGAACCCCAUGGGUCCACAGGUGCAGAAGGAGAUUACUGAGUUCCUCUUCUAGCUGCAGCCUUUUGCACUGCAUCAGACAUCACCCCAGAAGGUUUUGUGACAUCAGUUGGGGGUUUUCUGCACCCAAGAGAGAGGGUAGGGGAGCCUAUAAGUCCCAGUGCAUGUGUGGAACACAGCUCUCUGAAUCUUGGGCUAUGCACUUUCACAGUUUCAGUUUUCAUUUGGUUUUGCACUUAAAUGGCUGCUUUCCAUCCAUAUAGCUGUGAAAUGGGGACCAAAUUCUCCUUUGAUACUUGUUGGAGGAAAUCAGAAUUAGUGCUACUCCUCUCACUGUCCUAUGUGUUGAAGGCCGGAGAAAUGGUUGUGCCUUAACUACACUAAUUUUGUUGGCUGGGAAUGGUUUGGGUCAGGCUCUUUUCCUCCCACUAUUUUGGAGCCUUAUCUUGCUCUCUGUUGUAUCUUUCCACUUAACGCUGGAAUGAAUUAUAGGAAACAGUCAUCAUUCUGAAUCAGUGCUCAGAUGUGUGACUCAGUACUGCAACAUUGCAAGUGACUGAGGAGAUAUCAGACAGCUUUCUUCCCUCUUCUGACCUCCUGUACACACUCCAGGGGGGUCUCUCAUCACAGGGGUGACAUCAAAAGUCUGUGUCUCUCAUUGAAGGCUUGAGUGGGUUCAAACAACUGCUGUGCUUGCCUCUACAGCUGGCACACUGGGGUGCAAGCAGUGCAGCUUAGAAUCAUAAAAUCACAUAGCUUAAAGGGACCCAAAGAUAAUCUACACUGCGUGCCCCCCCAUGGAUUAACCCACUUUCCCUUGGUUUUAGUGUGCUGCAAAUAAAGAGCCAGAGAACAAAUCAGGUGCUCACACCAGAGCUGCCUCUUGAAUCAAGUAAUAUGAAAAAAAAGCUAGACAGCAAGCUUGCUGCUUAUUACAGCAGCAAAUUGCCAGAGUCACUAGCCAGUCUGAACAGAGAGACAACAUGUUUCUGUAGGGAUUUUCUGUCUCCAGUUAGACUUUAUCUAAAAGUGCAGCAAAAUGAUGUAAUGGAGUCUUGAAAUGAUAGGAUGGACCGGGGGUGGGAUAAAUUUAUUUGGGAUAUAGGAGCAAGUCUUGGUGUUCUGGCCUUUCAUUCACCCCUGUAGAUGGGGUCAAUAAAAAAGGGCAGCAAUUGGAGUUUCCAACCUUAAAUCAAUAUUUCUCUGUCCUAUUCAUGAUUGGCAUUGUGCCCUCACAUCAACUGCUCUGUUUCACAGAAACCAGCUACGUCCAGCCUCUGGUGGCACAGCCUGUUUCCGAGAGCAACUCUCUUGUGCUGGUUAAUGUGUCAGGAUACGUUGUCAGACAUCAGCUUAAGGACAUUGCGUCAGUCAUGGAAGGCAGGUGGCCAUAUCAUUUUGGUCAGUUAACUUUUAUUGACGUCUAAAAAGGCACUUCCUGUCCCAAUGAACAGUGACUCAGUGUAGGUGUCAAGAGUAGAAAUGUACGAAGUGUCUGGGAGUGAUACCAUUGCAGUGGGGUAGCCCUAGGGUGCUCCCAAGUGUGCAUUUCCACAUGACACAGGGAGGGAGUGAUGGUGCAGCAGUAGCUGUGAUGUUGAAUUGCUCAUUAGUAAGGAUGUGAGUCUGCCUUGUCCUCACCUUGUUGAGACAUCAGCAUUACACAGGAAAAGUAAUGUAACACACAGCUUGUGUGCUUAAGAAGCUUUAAUCCACUACAGUGGGAUUGAUUCAUCUCCAUGUGUUCCUGCAGUAGUUCUGGAGGUACAUUGUGCAGAACCAGUUUCUCAGCCCAGGGUGACAUCUAGUGGUCCAACAUACUCUCUCUGUCAGUAACCAGGCUCCUAUUGAUGCUUGACUUUAUCUCAUACAGUGGUUUCACUUAGGUUACUUUGCAGUUAGAGAUGCACCUGCUAUUUAUGUGUCACCAAUGAGUAUUGCCCACUACUGGUGACACACUGGUCUUUCCAUUGACCUUUGUGGUGUGUAUGCGACUGCUUCAGGAGACACCCCAGCAUGGGCGGUGGUGGUAAAGGUCUCUGCCUUGUCUCUCUAUUUCCAGUUGCCUAUUCUAGAUAGGGCACCAAUUUUAUAGAGGGUUAUUCCUUUAGACUCACUCACAUUUUUCCCUGCAGCAAUUUCUGUUACACGGUGGGGAAAUUGUCAAAUGUGAGGCGCCUAUGUUCAACAGCCCUGGUGGUGAGAAAUCUCUGUGUUAAGGAAUUAAGUUUGUAGGCCAAAGGAAAGUGACCACAUGAUCUCUCACUUGUGUUCAGUCCUGGAUUGCAGAACUCUUAGUCCAUGCUUUUGCUUCUCCUGCUCUGAGUUCAUGCCAAUGAACCAGAUUCAUUGUGUGCAUUUGCUUAAAAACAGAAAGCAACAAGAUGGCAACACUUGGGUACUGAAUUGUCUCUACAUGUUGAAGUUGGUCUCUAUCUUAUACCACCCCUUCCCUCCCUGUUGGAGCAGUAAAUAUUGUAAAUAUAUUGGAACUUAGCAAUACUGUGUAAAAAACAAACAAACAAACCCAAACAGCAUCUCAGAUCUAGUGGUGCAAAAUCUACCUAUCCACUGCGGAAUGGGAUACAGUCAAUGAUUGCCACUUCAGAGAAUGCCAGCUUCAGAUUAUGUGACAUUUUUGUUACUAAGAGAGGACUCACCCCAGAGACAUAACUGGGAAUCAUGGGGUAUCAUGGACAAGAGGCAGCUUCUAACUGGGUUGUGUCAUUUAAAGUGUCUCUCAUGUUUUAGGGCUUGGAGAUUCUUCAUGAUGACUUCCUCCUACUGGUUUCCAAAGUACUCCUUGUACAGGAGUUCCCCUUCUGUAUCAGCAGAUUCUUCAUGAUGACUUCCUCCUGCUGGUUUCCAAAGUUCCCCUUGCCCCUUUGGAUAGUACCUUGAAGUGUCAUUGUGCCUUAACACCAGCCAGCAGGGAUAAGGAAGUGUAUUCUGCUGGGACAAAGGGCCUUGGGGUAGUUUGAUCAGAAAGGGGACAGGCUAGCAUCUGCUAUGUCUCUUAUCUUCUCUUAGUGUUGGGGAAGUUAGUUUCUGUUGCUACGGUAUAAAGGCAGUGCCCCAAUCAUUAAUGCCUAGUGCUUUGAAGUCCCCCACUCCAUAUGGGACCAAGCCCACACUCACAGUGGAUAGAGGCUUCCUUGCCUACAUAGCCCUACUGAGCAAACCCUGAUAGCCAGCUGUAACAAUCUGGAAGAGCUGGGUCUUCCAAGGGAACCAUUUGGCUUGGUCCUUCUAAGCUACGGUGCUUCUGUUUUGAGGUGCAUUGGGAUGCUUCCAAAUGGAGUUUUUCCCUGUUCUUUUUCUGGACUCAAGAGGUCCUUAGGCUUACAAAACCAUUUCCACAUGUAUGUCAGAUGAUGUUCCCUCCCUCUUCAACUUUUCCUAUGUCCUCCACUCCUUGCACAGCAUUGAAGACUAUCCCCAAGAAUUUUGGGGAGUAGCUUGUUGAGCCAGCACAGAGGUCUGCAGUCAUAAAGGAGAGCCUCCCAAAGUUCGCACAAUAAUUCAUUGCAUGGUCUUUUUGGGUCCUAGCCAGUGCUUUUUUUUCUUAAAAAAUUGUUUGGGGGUACUCUCAUUCUGUCUGAGAUUCAGGAAACACCAUGACAGGAAAUGAGGCUGCCAUUGGGGGUAGCAGUGGAACUGAUGAUUCACCAUGCUAGAGAAGAAACUAUUUUUUUAAAAAAAAUUAGUUUCUUCUCCCGUUAAAUUCACAAAAUGUUUAGGAGUAUGCAUAUCCCUGCAUCCCCCCCAGAAAAAAAAACACUGGUCCUGGCUAUGGAGCAUGGCUGAAACUGUUAAGCCAGAUGGAAGAUAUGCCAACCCUGUGCUGAUACCAGGUUGGGGAGACAGCAAUGUGUAAUGCAGCCAUUUUGAGGUUUUUUUUCUACAAUUGAGUGAUAUAUAAAUUUUAUGAAAUAAAUAAUGGACUUGCUACAGAUAGCACAAUCUGCAGGAAGAAUGUCUCCCCCUCCCAACCAAUUCCACAUCCUCCUUUCUUCCUUCUCUUUGAUGCUGUGGAGCAGUUUUAAACCCCCACCUGGAAGCUCCCUUGGUCUUUAUUUCUGAUGUGCUGAUUACUUUAUUCAUCUGUUGAAGAGUUAUAUGGUCCCUUUCUUAGAGUGCAGAUGCCACUGCUACUGAAAUAUACUGUGACUGAAGCACAGACUUCUGCAUGAGCUGUUCUUUGUCCUCAUCUUUAUAAGGAAAGAAGUCUGGCGGGGAAGUGCUUGAUGUGAUGGCAUGUUAGGGAGAUAGUGGAGGCAAUAUGGCACUUUUUAGCUGCCAUAAUGUGUAUUUUGGCCCUCGGCUAACCAGACAGACAGCUGAACCUGCCAUUACACGAGUCUCUGGUUUGGUGGCCAAGCAGUGGCCUGGGAUGCCCUGGCUGAGACUGCAUUCUUCUCUGACACACACUAACACCAAAAGUAUGGGAAUUGUCUUCAUUGCAGUUGAGUGAAACGUGUUUGUCAACCAUGUUGUUUAAUCCAAAUAUGAAUGAGACAGCUGAGAUGGUCCCCUGAAAAUCUGUUGGUAGCAAAUACCCCGGGGGGAGCACUAGAAAAAGGCGUGUGUGGAGAGAGGAAGGAAGGAAGAAAGAAAGGAGGGGGGGCUCAGUUUCAUCAUUCUGCCUAUGCAGCUUUUCCAUACCUUUUGAAAAAUUGCCUGUUCUGCAUGCUUUAUACAGUUUUCAUGCUGCAUUUGCCAACCAGUGCCUUAUCUAAAGCAAUCAGUCUCUGCCCUCAGAAAUCCAGGGUCACAAGAUCCAAAGAACUGCACAAUUAGUAAUACACAUCAACUAGUCUUCAUGUUUGUGUGUGUUGUACUCUUGUUUCCCCCAUGCUCUGCUACAGACAGUUUUUGAACUUGGGAGUCUGCUGUGACACAAGGGAGGAGCAAUAAAAUAAAAUAAAUCUCCCACUGGGCACUUUCAAGCCUGGCACUGUUCUGUGGAUUUCAGCUCUAGCAUUCCCCCCCCCCAGCAGAGACAUAGCAAAGAAUAUGAAGUGCAUUAAUUGACUGAGGGUGGCUAUCUGAAACAACCAGGGUGCCCUGCUUUAUGCUUGGGUAGCCCCUGUGUUGAAAAAUCCAUCGUUUGUCUCUGCUUUUCCGUCACUCUGUCUUCUCUUCUGCUUCAUCUUUACUCGUCUGCCUCUGUGCCAUGUAAUGAAAGGUUGUUUAUAAAGUUGUGGAUUUCAAGCUUUUCCACUUUCAGUGUACCUUUCUAGCCCAACUCGUCUGCAGAGGAACCCUUCCCUGCUUGCCCAUCAGAGAACCCCAGCACACUGCAGAGGAUUCUGGGGCUUGUAGGGCAUGCCCUGAGCAAUGGCUGCUGGUUAGGCCUUGUUGGGUGUUGCCAUUUAACCUGUACUAAAGUAGAAGAAUGCCUUAGAACACAACACACCUACUACUGGCUAUGUAUUGCUGGGGAAGAUUGGUAGUGAUGGGCAAGCUGCCUAUUGAGAAAGCUCGUUUGCCGCUACUGAUUUUUCUCACUAAUAAGUAUUCAAAGAACCUCUGGGUUCUUGGAAUACACUUUGAAAACCACUGUUUUAAAUAAACAAGGCUGCAGUUCUAUAGCCAUUUACCUGGGAGUCAGCACCAUUGAACUCAAUGGGACUUAUUUCUGAGUAGAUAUGCACAGGACUGCACUGUGUAAGACACACUGUCUCUGGCUAGUAGCAGGCUACUUUCCAAGCCUUCUGCACUCUGGUGGCCUUUGGACUGGGGGGCGCCACCUCUUGGCCUCCACCUGCCCAUAUCUUCUUCCAUGUCCUGUGAAUGGUUCACUCUUGACCCUGCAGUGCUUCUUGGAAAUCCUCCACUGCAGGUCUUAAGGAACUUGCUUUGACUUUUCAGACGUUCUCCCCCACCCCCUGCUCAUCACACUCAAGUCGCCAAAAAAGAUUGUUCCUAAUCUCUCUCUCCCUGUUCUCAAUGGGACAGUGAGAUUUUACUUUUUGUCUCAAGUAUUCAUGUCUGUGAUUUUUGCCUUAGGUGCCUCUUCUAUUUUUUACACUAUGGAAUCUCAACUUUUUAAGAGUGUGAUUUGAUACAUGGCAAUUAACCUGUAAUGUUGAAAUUAGUGUAUAGAAUUAUUUAUUUUGUGUAUUCAGUCUGUUUUCAAAUUUGUAAAAGUAUUCUGUUUAUUCAGUAAAGUGUUGAUCCUCA